CGAACUUGCCAAGUCCUCAAACCACGCGGUUUGUGGCCGCACUACUUUGACCACUAGCUCCGUCUUUCGGAGCAGAAAAGCGCAGAGCAUACGACCGAGCGAGCGACAUCGAAGAGAGCGUAUCUGAGACGUGUACGUUAGUUAGCCCGCCGUCAUGGGGAGACCAAGCAACAGCCACGGGAGCGGCGGCGUGGCUGGCGACGAGGAGCGGCAGCCUCUGCGCGGCGGCCUGGAGACGGAGAGGGCGCCGGCGCCAGCCAACCACAGCGUGGAGCAGCUGGAGGCGAGGCGGGGCAGCAGAUUCUGGCGCGCGUCCGUGCGCGGCGUGCUGGUGCUAUGCUUGCUGACGGUCCCGGCGGUGCUUCUCCUGCUGAGGUGGCAGGCCGCCUCCUCGCCGCAGUGGGUCUUCGAGGCCGAACCCCCCGAGGAGGACGACGACCAAGAAUUUGCACGCGUGGUCUGGUGCGACAGCGGUGGCUUUUGCGGUUCAAAGAGACAACAGCAGAGCGAUAAGCACGAUGCUUCGUCGCCUUCACCUGCCACCGAUCGAUAGGCGACAGGCAGGAAAGCUUGAACGGAUCGAAGAUUUGAAGCUUUCUUGGGAGAAUCGUCGGAGCGGUGUGGAAGGAGAUUAGAGGACUUUUGUUUGGUAGAGCUCAUUUGUUGGGAGUGAUUUUAUGUGAAAAAUAAUUUUGUGGUUCAAAAUAAUUCUUUAAAAUAAAUUUAAUAGAGAGUGAUUUUGUAAGAAAAAUAAAUCAGGAAAAACUGUUUUUUCAGCUCUAAACAUCUGAUCUAUUUUUAAAAAAAUAUUCUUACAAAAUCAAUUUAGAAACUAAACACUGGAAAUUAGGGAAUUUUAUUCUGAGUAGUUUAUCUAACUCGGAGUGGAGCUUUGCAUGGUCGGAAUUUUAUUCUGAUUAGUUUAUCUAACUCGGAGUGAAGCUUUGCAUGAUUGGUUGCUCACACCAGUCGUUGUCAUGCAUAAUCCCAUGCCAGAGAAGCACUGAACCACUAGCACUAGUCCACUGGUAAAUUACAAAGUAGUUUCGUUUUAAGAAAAUUCAAUUGCAAAGUCAUACGCAAAUUUAGAGAUGGUUAAUUAGCCACCGGGCAGUUAAGUUGAGUGUGUUGGUCACAGAAAAUCUGAACAUGGGCGGCCGGCCGGCAUGCGGCGUCUUCCAAGUCAGUACUACUGGCCAGCGGCUCAUCGCACCAAAGCGAGGUGGAGCCCAUGGCAUGGAAUAGAAUGGUGUUCUCAGUGGGUUACAGAUCAAACAAAAUUGACGUUUUCUUUUCCUGUUCCUGGGCAAAAGACAGCAGGACGGUGACCUAAAAAAAAAAAAAGCAAAACCUGACAAAGACGACCGUUUGGAAACCGUUGGAACCCGUCAGUAAAUUUUAGAUUUUCUUAACCUGUUUAAUCCUUUUUGGUUUAGUUUGGGAGCAACCUAACCAAACUUGCUACCGAAUUCGGUCUUUAGCUGUGACCACUCGAAAAGUCUCAACCACUGACGUUCACAAAACAGUCACCCAAAAAUGGAUCCAUGCAAAUCUUAGCUAGAGGUUUCAAUGCAAAGGCCAUAUGUGUCGUAUGGAACGAUCAUCCUUGGAAUGCGACAGCGGACAUCACCGUCGUGGAAACCGGUAGCACCACCGACGAAGUUUCCUGCGGUUCCUCCGUCUUCCCCUCGUGCAGUGGAUUUGGCAAAGAGCCGCGGCAGGCGGCACGAUGUCCCCUGUCCGCCUGAGCGGGGCUGCCUCAUUUAUGCAACUGGGGCAGUGAGCGGAGACGAUUGAAAACUCCAGGAUGCAUUUGGUUUUCUACACGAAGAUCUGCAGAACUGUAUCAUAUAAACAAUUUGAGAUGGGUAGACUGAGCGAGUAAUCAACCCGUUUCCCAAGCAAAGUCUCGUGGAACCGAAAUUAUAUUUAUUAAAAAAAUAUAUUUAAUCGCUCGUAUCAUAAUAUGUUUGGU